AUGGCCCGCGACGGCGGGCUGCUGGAUAUCCCAGAGGAAGGCAUCUGCCCCAUCUCGCAGAUGCUGAUGCAGGACCCCGUCAUGUGCGCCGACGGCCACUCCUACGAGAGAGCGUGCAUCGAGCGCUGGCUGUCGGAGGGCCACCGCACCAGCCCGAAGACGAAUGCGUUGCUGCGGCACACCACGCUCACCCCGAACCACAAUCUCCGCAACAUGAUCGAGUCGCUGACGCAGCGGAUGCCCGCCCUGCAGCGCCAGCAGCUCGAGCAGCUGCGCGAGAGGCAGAACCUGGAGGCCAUCCUGGCGGCGCUGGCCGAAGAUCAGGAGAAGGAGCUGCCCGGCGCGCCGCCGCCCGGCGCCUGGCCGAAGGAGGACCUGGAGCGCCUGUCCGUGAAGGCCCUCCAGCAGAGGCUCCGCGCCUUCGGCCUGCCGGUCUCGGGCCGCAAGGCCGAGCUCGUCGCGCGGCUGCAGGCGCUGCAGAUCGACCCCGAGGACGCGGACGCCUGGCGCAACCUGGGCAUCGCCGGCGGCGGGACGGUCUCGGGCCGCGCCCACAGCGAGAAGGAGUGCUACGAGAAGGCGCUGCAGAUCAACCCCGAGCACGCGGUCGCCUGGUGCAACCUGGGCUUCGCCGGCGGCGGGACGGUCUCGGGCCGCGCCCACAGCAAGAAGGAGUGCUACGAGAAGGCGCUGCAGAUCAACCCCGAGGACGCGGUCGCCUGGUACAACCUGGGCGUCGCCGGCGGCGGGACGGUCUCGGGCCGCGCCCACAGCAAGAAGGAGUGCUACGAGAAGGCGCUGCAGAUCAACCCCGAGCACGCGGUCCCCUGGUGCAACCUGGGCUUCGCCGGCGGCGGGACGGUCUCGGGCCGCGCCCACAGCGAGAAGGAGUGCUACGAGAAGGCGCUGCAGAUCAACCCCGAGGACGCGGACGCCUGGAACAACCUGGGCGUCGCCGGCGGCGGGACGGUCUCGGGCCGCGCCCACAGCGAGAAGGAGUGCUACGAGAAGGCGCUGCAGAUCGACCCCACGUACGCCCACGCCUGCCUGCUGAUGUAG